AUGGACGACAGCAACAAUCACAACACCACUACCACCAAUAACUUCGAUCUCACGAUGGCAAACAACAGCAGCAGCGAAGACGAAGACCUCGGAGCAGCGUUCGCGAAGGCUACCGCAGACAAACCAGACAGCCGUGCCGCCACACGCAAAAAGAACAACGUCGUGGUCCCAGUCGCGGCACCAGAAGCCGACGGAGCGAAGAAGAUCUCGGCUCAUGUCUACGGCCACAACAAGCUCAUUCCCGGCCAAUGGUUCGCCUCCCGCGCCUCAGCCUCCACCACCUGGAACGCCCACGAGCCCACCCCCUCCAACGUCCACCCCGGCCCCGAGGGCGCCUUCUCCAUCAUCGUAAUCUACGACGAGCACGGCGACCUCAACGAAGACCUCGACGGCGGCACCACGAUCCUCUUCGCCAGCACCGGCGCCUCAACCUGGAAGAAGCACAGAAAAACUCUCAAGAACGACGCCACCGUCGCCCUCGACGCUUCCAUCGCCAGCAAGAAACCGGUGCCUGUCUUGCGUGCUGCGCCGAAGGCGAAGAUGGGUGGGAAGAAGUCGGAAGAGGUGCUGUAUCCGACGCAGGGUCUGAGGUAUGAUGGGUUGUAUCGGGUUGUGAGUGCCAUGCGGGGGGAGAUCAAUUUGGGGACUAAUGGGAAGUAUGAUGCGUACUGCUUGAAGCGGCUGCCGAUUGUAGAUGAGGUUGUGAAGGUCAAGAAGGCGGAGAAUCAGUAUGCACAGCUGGAGUUGAAGGUGAGUAUUCCGCGCUGUGAACAGGGCUAUGGUGGGUAUGUUGAGGGACCGCCGAAGCCGUUGUAG